AUGCCGCCUAUUCGGUCCGCCCGCAAUCGCAAACCGCCUCCAGCGGGCUUCGAUGACCUGGAAGAUACCCUGUUAGAGUUCAGCAAUAAGAUGAAAGAUGCCGAGAAUGAUUCUGGCGAGGGAAAGAAGAAGUACGAGGUUUUAUGGCCUAUCUUUCAAAUCAGUCACCAACGUUCACGAUACAUCUACGACCUCUACUACGAGAAGCAAGCUAUCUCUAAGCAACUAUAUGACUGGCUGCUGAAGAACAACUAUGCCGACGCAAACUUGAUCGCCAAGUGGAAGAAGCAAGGUUAUGAAAAGCUAUGUUGUCUUCGCUGUGUGCAGACCAAAGAGACAAAUUUUAAUUCCACCUGCAUUUGUCGUGUGCCUAAAGCCCAACUGAAGGAGGAACAGACGAUCCAAUGUGUCAAUUGUGGUUGCCGAGGCUGCAGUAGUAGCGAUUAG